AGGGUAUCAGUGUGAAUGUGUCAGUGUAUCAGCGUCAGUGUGUUGGUGUGUCAGCGUGAGUUUUUCAGAAACAGAUGGAGAAAAUCGGUAGCAGCAUGAAGAGGAAAGCCACUGCAAGGCAGCACAAGGCGGAGGUGAUGAUCGCGGGUGAGCAGCUCAGGCUGCGACUGCACGACAGCAAGCUGAUCAAGGACAGGAGGUAUCACCUGCGCACCUACCCCAACUGCUUUGUGGCACAGGAGCUGAUAGACUGGCUGAUCAGCCACAAGGAGGCGCCAGACCGAGCCACUGCCGUUCGUCUCAUGCAGCAUCUGAUGGAGCACGACAUCGUACACCAAGUGUGUGACAAGUGCUCGGUGUUCAAAGAUGCCAAACUGCUGUACCGCUUCCGUAAGGAUGACGGAACUUUCCCCUUCAAUUCGGAGGUGAAGGUGUUCAUUCGUGGCCAGAGGCUCUACGAACAGUUGAUUUCGGGGAGGAGCUCUGUCCUGCAGGUGAGGGAGGAGCUGGGCGUGGCUUAUCAGCGCUCGUUCCCCGGCUGUCAGAUGAUUGAUUGGCUGCUGCAGAAUGGCGAGGCAGAGAGCAGGCGGCAGGGGCUGGAGCUGUGUCGCGCUCUGCUGGAGCAUGGAAUCAUCCAGCAUGUGUCCCUGAAGCAUCACUUCUUUGACGGCGCGCUGCUAUAUCAGUUCUGCAUUAACUUCCGCCGACGGCGCCGCCUGGCUGAGCUGCUGACCGAGAGCGAUGGAGAUGCAGAGAAUUUCACUGACAGCCCUUUCACCCUGAGGAAAAACCUCCCUCAGGGAAACAGCAACUUCCUGUCUGUACAGCCCACUAAGGAGAUUAGGGUGAUGUCGGCAGUGCGCAGGGGGAGUUGGCCCUCUCAGCAGAACAGCCCCGGCGGAUACCUUCCCCCUGUGCCUCUCUGCUCCGCCUCUCUGGCAAAGUGCAACCCUAAAUCAGUGCUGAGGAGGAGAGUGACCUGCCGAGAGCUACUGUCUCCUGGGGGGCCUUUCAUCAAAAGGGUUCUGACGGUAGUGGGGGAUGCUGUGGGCUGGGGGUUCGUUGUUCGUGGGUCUUCACCUUGUUAUAUCCAAGCUGUGGAUCCAGGGGGACCUGCUGCUGCAGCAGGAGUAAAGGUGCGUCAGUUUGUUUACCAGGUGAACGGGCUAUGUGUCCUUCACCUGGAUUAUCGCGCGGUCACCAAACUGGUCAUGACUGGACCGCGUACGGUUGUGCUGGAGAUGAUGGAGCCACUUGACUGAGGUGAUGAUACCCAACCUGCCUCAGGUGUGACAGACACACUUUUUCAGUUUUGCACUUCCUACUUUUAACUAUAUCUCUGCUUAUGAGUCACUUCUUUUUUAUGAGAAAAUACAUUUAACUGUAUUUAACAAUUUUUUGUUUUACAUCCAGGCCAUGGACUAUGACCUCACAGUUGCACCAGUACAUUUUCCUAUGGAGAUCUAACACCUGUCUGUGAUCACCCUCACAGAAAUGGAAUAUACUGCCUAUAUCUGUAUUGAAUACA